GCGCCACUGACAUCGUCCACAGAUAUUCCUUUACAUAAGAUUCCUCGCCUACAAGACAGUAAGCAUGUACGCGCCCGUGAUCCUGCUGGGGGCGGUGGUGGGCGUGGCGAACUCGCACUCCUUUGAGUGGGGAAGCUGCAAGAAGGUCAAUCCGGUCGCUAAUUUCCAGGCAGAUCAGUUCACCGGCAUGUGGUACGUCAUCGAGAUCUUCAGCACCACCAGCGACUGCAUGACCAUGUACUUCAACCUCACCGACGACGGCAGCUUCAAGGUCACCGAAACCAGGGAAUUCCACCCGUUGGAAGCCAUCGGUUUGGACCACAGGUUCUCCAACGUCGGGACCCUGAAGAAGGAGGACGGAGCGGAGCCAGGCCGGUUUAAGGUGUCUUGGCCGGGGGACUCAGACUUUUUCGGUAGCUUUGGCUCGAGAGAAGGCAUCAUCCUGGACGCCGACUACACCAAGUUCGCCGUACUAAUGGAGUGCCAGAACUUUUCACUCUUCAAAAGGAUUUCGGUUGUCAUUUUGAGCAGGACGAAAUCCCUCGAUAGCUCCACCGUCACGCAGAUCAAGAAGGACCUGGAAGAGGCAGGCUACGAUGUCGAUGACUUCGACAAGAUCGACCACAGUACCUGCAGCUCCUCUCCAGACUUCGAUGUCGGCCUCGACGAAGAUGGCACGUUCAGCCUCGAUGGCACUCCUUUGAACAUCCCUGCCAUCCCUAAUGCCGGGGAGCUACCUAUCGAUGUCAUCCCCGAACUCAAUGAAGUCCUUAGUUCCCGUAAGAGGCGAUGAGAAGUAAAGGAAAACAACGGAUCCACUCGCUUAAGCACUUUGGAUUGAGUAGCAUAUGGGAGUAUAGAUGUGCGAAUAAAUGAUCUCGGAUCGGAUUCACAAUGGGUUUUGGUGUUUCACUUGUUCCUGUAUGUUUGCGGUUUGUGCUCCCUGCGUAUAUGUUUUUUGUUGCUAUAGGAGGCAAGGAAAAAGAGAAAAUAAGUGGCUGGGAGAAGGUGAGAAGAGGAGAAAGAGGGCAUUCUAGCCACCUCCUGGGUAAGAGUUCAUCCUAUUUCUUCCUUCAGUUCCAGAGUGAGUGGGUAGUUAAUAUCUAAUUUUACCGUGGGAUUCGAUCAUUGAAACAAAUGCUGAACCACCUCGCGGAAUCAACUGAUCCUCGUCUAUAAAUU